GAGAGGAUAGAGAGGGGAUGUGGGGGUGCUGGAGGAGACCGGGAGGGAGGGCUGCGAGGUGCACGGUCCCACCGCAGUUGGAGAGCAGGUGCCUGAGAUGUGAGAAGUAGGGGUGAGGGAGGCAGCCCCUGCUCUCCUCUGGGCCUGGCUCACUCACUACUAAAGCAGCAUUGGGAGCCAGAGUGGAGGAAGAGGCCACAGGGUCCCCAGCUUCCAGGAGGCUGGGGAAAUAGGGAUUGGCCAGCCCUGUGUGUUGCCUUGCACCUGCUUCUAGAUCUGGGAUUCUCCAGAAGACAACUUGUUGCCGUGUUCCAUGAGUGCAGCCCUUGUUGUCCGGAAGAGUGGGAGCUGAAAGCUCCUUCCAAGGCCCAUCCGAAGAAGUGGCCCCGGCUCGUUGAGCAGCGGACCUUGCUCGGCCCCUCCGUCUGGGCUCCUGUGGAUAGGAGGGGCCGGGUGAGCAGGCCAGCUGGGCUAUGAUUUGGUGCCUCAGUCUGGCCAUCCUCAGCCUGAUCAUCAGCCAGGGGGCUGACGGUCGAGGGAAGCCUGAGGUCUCUGUGGUGGGCCGGGCUGGGGAGAGUGUGGUGCUGGGCUGUGACCUGCUGCCCCCGGCCAGCCGGCCCCCUCUGCAUGUCAUCGAGUGGCUGCGCUUUGGAUUCCUGCUUCCCAUCUUCAUCCAGUUCGGCCUCUACUCUCCGCGAAUCGACCCUGAUUACGUGGGACGAGUCCGGCUGCAGAAGGGGGCAUCACUGCAGAUCGAGGGGCUGCGGGCUGAAGACCAGGGCUGGUACGAGUGCCGCGUGCUCUUCCUGGACCAGCACAGCCCCGAGGAGGACUUUGCCAACGGCUCCUGGGUGCACCUGACAGUGAAUUCGCCCCCUCAAUUCCAGGAGACACCUCCCCUGGUCCUGGAAGUGCAGGAACUGGAGUCUGUGACCCUGCGUUGUGUGGCCCGCGGCAGCCCCCAGCCUCAUGUAACUUGGAAACUUCGAGGACAGGACCUUGGCCAGAGCCAGGGUCAAGUGCAAGUGCAGAAUGGGACACUGUUGAUCCGGCGGGUUCAGCGUGGCAGCUCCGGGGUCUACACCUGCCAAGCCUCCAGCACUGAGGGCAGCGCCACUCAUGCCACCCAGCUGCUAGUGCUAGGUGCCCCCAUCAUCGUGGUGCCUCCCAGGAACAGCACGGUCAAUGCCUCCCAGGAUGUGUCCUUGGCCUGUCAGGCUGAGGCAUACCCUGCUAACCUCACCUACAGCUGGUACCAGGAUGGCACUAAUGUCUUCCACAUCAGCCGCUUGCAGUCCCGAGUGCGGAUCCUGGUAGAUGGGAGCCUGCGGCUGCAGUCAGCCCAGCCUGAUGAUGCCGGCUGCUACACCUGUGUCCCCAGUAAUGGCCUCCUGCACCCGCCCUCUGCCUCUGCCUACCUCACUGUGCUCUACCCAGCCCAGGUGAUAGAGAUGCCUCCUGAGACACCCCUGCCUGUGGGCAUGCCAGGGGUGAUCCGGUGCCCAGUUCGUGCCAAUCCCCCACUGCUGUUUGUCAGCUGGACCAAGGAUGGGGAGGCCCUGCAACUGGACAAGUUCCCCGGCUGGUCUCAGGGCACAGAAGGCUCACUGAGGAUUGCCCUGGGAAAUGAGGAUGCCCUGGGAGAAUACUCCUGCACCCCCUACAACAGUCUGGGUACCGCCGGGCCCUCCCCCGUGACCCGGGUGCUACUCAAGGCUCCUCCAGCCUUUGUGCAACGGCCCAAGGAAGAAUAUUUCCAAGAAGUGGGGCGGGAGCUACUCAUCCCCUGCUCUGCCCAAGGAGACCCUCCUCCUACAGUAUCUUGGACCAAGGUGGGCCGGGGGCUGCGGGGCCAGGCCCAGGUGGACAGCAAUGGCAGCCUCGUCCUGCGGCCACUGACCAAGGAGGCCCACGGGCGCUGGGAAUGCAGUGCCAGCAAUGCUGUAGCCCGAGUGACUACCUCCACAAAUGUCUACGUGCUGGGAACCAGCCCCCACGUGGUCACCAAUGUGUCUGUGGUGCCUGUGCCCAAGGGUGCCAAUGUCUCCUGGGAGCCUGGCUUUGAUGGUGGCUACCUGCAGAGAUUCAGCGUCUGGUACACCCCACUGGCCAAGCGACCUGACCGGGCCCACCACGACUGGCUUUCCCUGGCAGUGCCUGUGGGAGCUGUUCACCUCCUGGUGCCAGGGCUGCAGCCUCACACCCAGUACCAGUUCAGCGUCCUAGCUCAGAACAAGCUGGGCAGUGGGCCCUUCAGUGAGAUUGUCUUGUCCGCCCCUGAAGGGCUUCCCACCACACCGGCUGCUCCCCGGCUGCCACCCACGGAGAUGCUGCCUCCCCUGUCCCCUCCUCGAGGUCUGGUGGCAGUGAGGACACCCCGGGGUGUGCUCCUGCACUGGGAUCCCCCAGAACUGGUCCCUCAGACCCUGGAUGGCUACGUCCUAGAGGGACGGCAAGGCUCUCAGGGCUGGGAGGUGCUGGACCGGGCUGUGGCCGGCUCUGACGUACAACUGCUUGUGCCAGGCCUCAUCAAGGAUGUUCUCUAUGAGUUCCGCCUGGUGGCCUUUGCCGGGAGCUACGUCAGUGAUCCCAGCAACUCAGCCAACGUCUCCACCAUCGGUCUGGAGGUCUACCCAUCGCGCACUCAGCUGCCCGGUCUCCUGCCCCAGCCCGUGCUGGCAGGCGUGGUGGGUGGGGUCUGCUUCCUGGGCGUGGCCGUCUUCGUGAGCAUCCUGGCCGCCUGUCUCAUGAACCGGCGCAGGGCUGCCCGCCGGCGCCUCAAGCGACUGCGCCAAGAGCCACCUCUCCUCUUCUCUCCUUCGGGGAAGUCAGCUUCCCACUCUGCUCCGGGCUCGGGCAGCCCUGAUAGCGUGGCGAAGCUGAAGCUCCAGGGGUCAGAAGUCCCCAGCCUGCGCCAAAGCCUCCUCUGGGGAGAGCCCACCCGCCCCGCCAGCCCCCAUCCAGACCCACCACCCAGCCGUGGACCUUUGCCUCUGGAGCCCAUUAGCCGGGGCCCAGAUGGGCGUUUUGUGAUGGGACCCACAGUUGUGCCCCCACAUGAAAAGCCGGGCCCAGAGCGGGUGGAACCUGGGGCCCCAGCCCGGCUGCUGGCCAGGCCCUACAACUGCAGCAGCAGCAGUCCCAGUGGGGCGCCACAGCCCCUCUGCAUUGCAGACAUCAGCCCUGUGGGACCCCCUCCAGCAGCCCCGCCCAGCCCCCUGCCGGGUCCUGGAUCCCUGCUGCAAUAUCUGAGCCUGCCCUUCUUCCGGGAGAUGAAUGUGGAUGGAGACUGGCCCCCUCUUGAGGAGCCUAGCCCUGCCCCACCUCUGGAUUACAUGGAUACCCGGCCCUGCCCCAUCUCCUCACUCCUUCGCCCACCAGACUCCCCUUUGACAUCCCCCAGGACAGGUCAUCCUGGGGCUAUGGCAGGGGCUGGGGGUGCCCCCGAGCCUCCUUAUACAGCUCUGGCUGACUGGACCCUCCGGGAGCGGCUGCUGCCAGGCCUUCUCCCUGCUGCCCCUCGGGGCAGCCUCACCAGCCAGAGCAGCGGGCGAGGCAGUGCCUCCUUCCUGCGGCCCCCGUCCACAGCGCCCUCAGCUGGAGGCAGCUACCUCAGCCCUGCUCCAGGGGACACCAGCAGCUGGGCCAGCGGUCCUGAGAGGUGGCCGCGAAGGGAGCACGUGAUGACCGUCAGCAAGAGGAGGAACACGUCUGUGGACGAGAACUAUGAAUGGGACUCCGAAUUCCCUGGGGACAUGGAAUUGCUGGAGACUUUGCACCUGGGCUUGGCAGGCUCCCGGCUCCGAGCUGACGUUGAACCAGAGCUAGGCACAAAGAGUCCAGAGGAGGGCUGCCUCCUGAACACUACCCAGGCUUCUGGCCCCGAGGCCCGCUGUGCUGCCCUUCGGGAGGAAUUCUUGGCUUUCCGCCGCCGCCGAGAUGCCUCUAGGGCCCGACUGCCAGUCUACAGGCAGCCAGUCCCCCACCCUGAACAGGCCACUCUGCUGUGAAUGCCCCUAACAUAAGCCAAGACGAAGGCAGGUGGGCCUGCCGAAGAGGCCCCUAGCUUGGCGCACUGAGCCUGCCCGUGUGGUGUGCCCAGGCCCAGAACCUAACAGUUGGCCAUGGGUGAGCUUGGUCUGAGACGUGCACGUUGGAUACGUGCUAAUCCCCCUGGUGAGCCUGGGGAUUAGAACAGGGAUCCUGGAUC